CAUACUAUAAUUAUUGUCUGUCUGUUGCAGGAGCCAUGGUGAAGUGUAUAGCUGUAGUUCUGUCAGGGUGUGGGGUCUAUGAUGGGACAGAGAUCCACGAGGCAUCUGCUGUGCUGGUCCACCUCAGCAGGGCUGGAGCUAAGGUAAGGACUCUUUUUAACGUUACACGUUUAGUUCAAAACUCUCGCUUCUCACGCUAUCCUUCUGACUGUACAUUCCCACUCUAUAGUCAGAUUCCUGUGACAACUUCAGACUUCCUCUAGUCUAGGAAGUGGUGCAGAGUUUGCAUUGAUUUACAUGUUGUCAAUAUGUCUCUAUAUGACUGUUUCUUUUACUUCUAAUCGUAGUCUUCCCCCUGAUUGUUCAGAGUGCUUGUCGUUGGGAAUGCAGGUUCCAAUCUCAUUAGCAUGGACACUACUAUGGAGGAUCUCCUCCUGGCCUGUCCUGUACUGCAGGUGCAGAUGUACAGUAUUGACUGUCUAACCCCUCAUCACCCCAGGUCCAGAUGUUUGCCCCCAACGUGGAUCAGAUGCAUGUGGUGAACCACUGCGAGGGGAAACCCACGGCGGAGAAACGCAACGUCCUGCAGGAGAGCGCUCGCAUCGCCCGCGGUGACGUGUCAGACCUUACCAAACUGGACAUCACCGCUUUCGACGCCCUCGUCAUCCCAGGUAAGUGUUACUCCUUCAUCAUUAUGUACUCCAUCACUAUCAUUCUUCCAUUAUCAUCAGCAUACAACCACAAUCCUUACUCACCUUUUACCUCUCUAGGACCAGGGCUAGUUUCCACUGCUCUACACUGUGCUCAACUCAACCAAACUGUUGUCCUGCAGGUGGUUUUGGUGUGGCUAAGAACCUGUCUGACUGGGCUGUGAAGGGGAAGGAGUACACAGUUCAGCCCCAGGUAGAGGAGCUGAUUAAGGGUUUCCACGGAGUAGGCAAGCCCCUGGCUAUGUGCUGCAUCUCCCCUGUCCUAGCUGCUAGGGCUCUGCCAGGGUGUGAAAUCACUGUGGGACAGGACAAGGAGUGUGAGAGGUGGGUUACAGUGUCAGUGGUGUGUGUGCGAGAGAGACGGUGCGUGUGUAUAUGUCUCUGUUUGAACAUAAGAGUGUGUGUUUUUAACCCCUGCUGCUCUCCUCCCUCCCACCACUAGAUGGCCGUAUGCCCAGACGGCGACCGCCAUGACUGAGCUGGGCUGUAAACACGUGAAUAAGAACGUGGGGGAGGUCCACAUCGACGUAAAGAACAAGCUGGUCACCACCUCCGCCUUCAUGUGUAACGCUCCCAUACACGAGGUGUUUGAUGGGGUGGGUGUAAUGGUUACAGAGCUGCUUAAACUGGCCUAGAAAGUCUGGGAAUCAAAAUGCUGAAUUAGGGUGCAUCCCAAAUGGCACCCUGUUCCCGUUUUUUAUAGUGCUUAUGGGCCCUGUCAAAAGAAGUGCACUAUAUAGGGUGUCAUUUGGGACCUAACCUCAGAAUCAUGUUUGUUGUUUUCCUGAAGACCAUCCUGAUAUGAUUUUACUGACAGUGUCACUCACUGUUUAUUUAAAAACCUGAAACGGACAUAAGAAGCUCCGUUUUUCUGUUGCACCAUCUGUACUGUGAUAAAUUGUGCUACUAUCAAAAUUGAAAUAAAA